AAACCAGCAAAUUUCAUCCUACGAUUCCUCGACGUCCACGCACCAACCUUCUCCUGUACACCGUUUCAUUUUGCGAACCCCGCUGUCGAGCGCAAUCAUGGCUACCAACGGCGAUUUUUCAGACGAGGAGUCCCAGCCCGGGUCUCCCAUUCUUAACGCCAAUGGCCAGGAUGAUAUCCAAGACCAAGAGCCCCUCGAGCAGGAGGAGAAGCCCAUCAAGUCAGCGAUGAAGAAGGACUUCAUACCUGUUUCUCAGCCGAAACGACCGGAACUACCGGAGCAACCCAACCCAGAAACGCUCGACCUGUCUACACUAACUCCUCUGUCACCUGAGAUUAUCGCCCGCCAGGCUACGAUUAACAUCGGUACCAUUGGCCACGUCGCUCACGGUAAGUCAACGGUGGUGAAGGCUAUUUCAGAGGUUCAAACUGUCCGAUUUAAGAACGAGUUGGAGCGAAACAUUACCAUCAAGCUGGGUUAUGCCAACGCGAAAAUCUACAAGUGCGACAACCCCGCUUGCCCUCGGCCGACAUGCUACAAGAGCUAUAAGAGUGAGAAGGAAAUUGAUCCGCCCUGUGAGAGAGAUGGAUGCUCUGGCCGCUACCGUCUCUUAAGACACGUUUCCUUCGUCGACUGCCCUGGUCACGACAUUCUUAUGAGUACCAUGUUGUCAGGUGCCGCUGUCAUGGAUGCUGCUCUUUUGCUUAUCGCUGGAAACGAAACCUGUCCUCAGCCCCAGACUUCGGAGCAUUUGGCUGCUAUUGAAAUCAUGAAGCUUAGCCACAUCAUUAUCCUUCAAAACAAGGUCGAUUUGAUGAGGGAAGAUGGAGCGUUGCAGCAUUACCAGUCGAUCUUGAAAUUUAUCCGUGGUACCGUUGCCGACGGCUCUCCCAUCAUUCCCAUCUCCGCUCAGCUCAAGUACAACAUCGAUGCCGUCAACGAGUAUCUGGUUUCGCACAUCCCCGUGCCAGUCCGCGAUUUCACGGCAUCUCCUCACAUGAUUGUUAUCCGGUCUUUCGACGUGAACAAGCCUGGUGCAGAGAUUGAUGAGCUAAAGGGUGGUGUGGCUGGUGGUUCCAUUUUGACUGGUGUCCUCAAGUUGAACGAUGAAAUCGAAAUUCGACCAGGUCUCGUCACUAAGGACGAGAACGGCAAGAUCCAGUGUCGCCCUAUCUUCUCGCGGGUUGUGUCUUUGUUUGCCGGACACAACGACCUGAAAUUCGCUGUCCCCGGUGGAUUGAUCGGUGUUGGUACUCGUGUUGACCCUACUCUUUGCCGUGCCGAUCGCCUGGUUGGUUUCGUCCUCGGUCACCGUGGGCGCCUUCCCGCUAUCUACACAGAGCUAGAGGUCAAUUACUUUUUGCUGCGCCGACUUUUGGGUGUCAAGACUGCCGACGGCAAGCAGGCCAAGGUCGCCAAGCUGGCUAAGAACGAGGUUCUCAUGGUUAAUAUCGGCUCUACAGCUACCGGUGCGAAGGUGGUCGGUGUCAAGGCUGAUGCUGCUAAGCUGAGCUUGACUAGCCCAGCCUGUACUGAGGUUGGCGAGAAGAUUGCCAUUAGUCGAAGAAUUGAGAAGCACUGGCGUUUGAUUGGUUGGGCCAACAUUGUUGCUGGUAACACCCUCGAGCCCAUUGUCAACUAA